GUAAAGAUGGCUGCCGGCGGGCUGAGCCUGGUGCGGCUCUUGGCCUUGGCGGUGGUGCUGCUGCUUUGUGUCACCGCCGCCGCCGAAGAUGGCGCCAAGCAGAAGGCCCAGAGGAAGAAGAAAGACAUCCGAGACUACAACGACGCGGACAUGGCGAGGCUGCUCGAGGAGUGGGAGAAAGAUGAUGACAUAGAGGAAGGAGAUCUACCAGAACACAAGAGACCUUCUGCACCAAUAGACUUUAACAACAUUGAUCCAAGCAAGCCUGAAAACCUUCUGAAGAUGACCAAGAAAGGCAAGACAUUAAUGAUAUUUGCAACUGUGUCUGGGAAUCCUACUGAGAAGGAGACUGAAGAGAUCAGUGGCCUUUGGCAGGGCAGUCUAUUCAAUGCAAAUUAUGAUGUGCAGAGAUUUGUUGUGGGCUCUGAUCGUGUCAUAUUCAUGCUGCGUGAUGGGAGCUAUGCUUGGGAAGUCAAAGACUUUCUUACAAACCAGGAACGCUGCACCGAUGUUACUGUUGAAGGUCAAGUUUAUCCUGGAAAAGGAAAGAGAAAUGAAAUCAAACCAGAUAAGAAGAAAGCUGGAGCAGCGACGUCAAAAGAGAAUAACCGAUCAAAUAAAAAUGAAGAGCUAUGAGAUUCAGUUAAAAUGGAGAAUGGUUACCACAUUUUUCUGUGUGAAAUCACAUUACUUCUAUAUCACAUGAGCUGAUUUNAAAAAAAUUGAGCCAUUUCUGUUACAGAGGCUUUACUAAAUCCAAGAUGCUGUAAUGCUGUAUUCUUUGUGAAGGAUGUGGAGUUGAAAUGUAUACUUUCCUUUCAAUACAACACUGCAUUGUUUUCUAAUGAUUAUCAGCUGUUGUCAACAGUUAAUAUUUGAACCACUUUAACGUUAUGUGAAGUUGAGGUUUAAAAAUAACAUUCUGUGUUCAGAUUGUACGUUUUGAUACAAAGGUGAAAAAAUUUUUGUAAAAAAAUGUUUGGUUCUGUGAUGCCUUAGAUGUUCGUUGGAGACUUUAAUUUCUUUUUGUCUUGGCUCCAAUGAACCAUAAAUAACAAAUUACUAAAUUACUUGUACAGUGCAGUUUUUAUUUUUUUCAUGGCUAAGUUAAUAACCUGUCUGAAAUUUCAGUAAUUCAGCUGAUAUAUUGUCUAUUCAGCAGUGUAAGAUGUGUUCAGUUGAAUGCAACAUAUUUCAGUUCAUAGUGUUCUGGUAUACUAUUAUUUGCAUACAAAUUACUGCAAUAAAUGUCUUAACAUUU